AUGAAAGCUCCGGGGAGCGCCGGCGGGGCGGUCUCAAGGGGAGGAACCUCUUCUGAAGGUAAUCCUCCCUCACUCACCAUAUUAGAUAACACCAUAGUAGAUUGCAACCUCGCCAAUGUACUGACCGGUGUUGUCCAUCAGGUGGUGGGGAGACGAACGGGAUCAACGAGGAGCUGUGGUACGCCUGCGCCGGGCCGCUGGUGAGCUUGCCCCCCGAAGGAAGCCUCGUUGUCUACUUCCCCCAGGGCCACAGCGAGCAGGUCGGUGUACCAAAGCCCAGGCUGGAGAAGGCUCCCUUCUCUCCCUUUCCGGCUCCGUUUUGAACCCGAUCAAUCCUCUCCCACAAAUGCAUCCUGUUCAUACUGUUUCUUUCUUACAUCCCAAUUCCGACUCUUCUUCUCUAUUCCAUAUACAAUCAUCAUAGAUACUACUUUGUCUGAUCCUAAAGUUCUCAUUUUUCGCGCUUCAGAUUGCGGCCACUAUGCAAAGGAAUUCCGAUGCGCAGAUUCCCAGCUACCCAAAUCUUCCGUGGAAGUUGGUUUGCCUCCUGCACAGCGUCUCUCUGCAUGUAAAGCCUCCGCAUUCCCUGGUUUUCCCUCCCCUGUUGAUCAAAGCGAUGACCGCUCUUUGGUGCCUCUACCACCGAGAAGGAGUGAUGCUUAGUUUCCGCGAAUUCUCUAGGCAGAUCCAGAGACCGACGAUGUUUUCGCCCAGAUGACGCUUCAGCCGCUAAACAGCAAGGUGAGUACGAUUAAUUCGACAUCAGAUGGCCAUUCGAAGUGUGUUUGUUUUUGACAAACUUCAUGAUUAACCAGCUCCGGAGAACUGUUCACGCAAGCUGUCCUGAGCGAUGGCCACGUUUUCUAAGAUUCUCUCCUGUUCCAUUUUAUUUUUUCGUGACAGAACGACGAGGGAGUGGCGACGACGUCGGAUCUCGGACUGAAACCAGAGAGAUCCCAAACGGAGUUCUUCUGCAAAACCUUGACGGCAAGUGACACGAGCACCCAUGGAGGAUUCUCCGUUCCUCGCCGCGCAGCGGAGAACGUCUUCCCGCCUCUCGUAAGCGCCAGUUCUCGUCCACCGUAUCACGGACUUUUGCUAGAAUAUUCUUUUAGCCUUGAAACCAUUCAAUGAAUCGUCCUUGUUUACUGCGUUUUAUGUAGGAUUACUCUAUGCAGCCUCCCGCACAGGAGCUGCAAGCAAGAGAUUUGCAUGGCAACAUAUGGACUUUCCGCCAUAUCUACAGAGGUAUCGUCUCUAGCUCCACCCACCUUCUCUCUCUCUCUCUCUGGAUAUAUAUAUAUAUAUAUAUAUAUAUAUAUAUAUAUAUAUAUAUCCAUUUUACUGUCGUCAAUCUAUCGGUUCGAGGACCUUCCUGGUCUUACCCCACCCGGUUCUUUAUUUACUGUCGUCGUUUUCAUUUUUCGCUCUAUUCAUUUGAAUCUGGUUCGUCGAAAAUGGGUUUUGGAUUCUCCUUCUUGCCCACCUCCAUUAAUCAUUGAUCAGGUCAACCAAAACGUCACUUACUCACAACCGGCUGGAGCACGUUCGUCAACGGGAAGCGGCUCGUCGCCGGCGACUCGGUCCUGUUCAUCAGGCAGGAACCCUCGCUUCCUUCUUUGUUGACCUUCCGAUCCCCGGAGCGGACUGCUUGGAGCUGACCUUUUGUUCGCGGAUCGAGCAGGGGCGGCAAAAAAGAGCUUCUGCUGGGGAUCAGACGGGCCAACCGGCAGCCUUCCAACAUAUCUUCGUCGGUGCUGUCAAGUGAGAGCAUCCAGAUCGGGAUUCUGGCGGCGGCGGCGCAUGCUUACGCAAGCCGCAGUCGAUUUACCAUCUUCUACAAUCCAAGGUGGGGGUCCUUACAUCUCCUCCUUCGCUACUUUCCCUUCAUCGCCAUCUCUUUAAGAGCACUUGCCUUCCACUUCGUCGCCGAGUUUCACGGGGAUGAUGAUCGAGGUCCGCUCUCGCAGAGCCAGCCCCUCAGCAUUCGUCAUCCCUCUGGCAAAAUAUAAGACGGCGAUCUACAGCUACCACGUGGAUUUCGGCACGCGGUUUCGAAUGAUGCUCGAAGCAGAGGACUCAGGUAAGAGAAGGUAAUCGAUCUUCCAUCCUUUCGAUCUGAAUUCAACGAAUAAAACAAAAAACGUGUUCUUUCCUUCACAAGAAGAAAAGCCCUUCAGCAACAUAAUCCUUCUCUCUCGUCUGUCCGCCGCAGGCACACGGGUACUAUCACGGGCAUAGGCGAUCUCGAUCCUGUUAGGUGGAGGAACUCCAAGUGGCGGAACCUUCAGGUGAUGGCCGCCCGUUUGUUUAUACGACUCCCCAGUCGCGUUCUGUCUGCACUCGAACUGGAUUGGGGGUUCAGCUCAAUCACGAAUUCCAUAAUGUGUUUUCUUUCCCCAAACAGGUCGAAUGGGACGAGUCUGCACCCGGGGAAAGGCGAGACAGGGUGUCAGUAUGGGAGAUCGAGCUGGUUCAAGCGCCAUUCGUCAUAUGCCCUUCCCUCCCUUUUCCCGGAUCUAGGCAACUGAGACGCCCUGGACUGCUCGGUACCGGGAAAUUCUUGAUCGCACUCUCUCCAGUUCCCUGGCUCCUCCUCCCAGAGCUGACACAAAUUCCCCAUACUCUGUUCUGCAGCUGACGACGGCGGCGACCCGACGGAGAUGGAGAACCUCCUGAAGAGAGCGGCGCCCUGGCUCGGCUACGAGAUCUGCUUCGAUGACUCUGGCUCGCCUAAUGCCGUGGUUUCGACCGCGCCCUACGCAUCCCAGAGGCUGAACAUGCAAAACCUUUCGCUCGCUGACCCCAGAAAACGGAGUUCCCUGCAGAACUGUGAGCGGAUCGAUGCUUCCAGAACCCACGAAGAAACCGAAAGGUUUGAUCAGCUCUCAAGGCUGCAAGUUCCUACAGGCCAACGACAGCCCCAAGACAUUGGCCCCCAGAAGAGGCCCCAUUUGUACUGCGGUCAAGCAUAUCCUUCGAAUCUGAGCGAGAGUCAACUAUCGCAGAAUCCGGUCUUUGCUCGGAGUCAGAUCCUCCAGCAGCAACAGCCUCAAUUCCUGACCCCUCAGGCUCAACGCUCUGGUGGAGGCUUCACACUGCACCAGACUCAGGAGCAGCUGCCGCUCCAACAGUUUCAGGAUUGGCAAGCUCAGCUGCAGCAGCCUCAGAGACUUUCUCAGCAGCAAUCUCCCUUGGAGCAACAACCUGCACCUCAACCACCCCAGCAAGUUCUUGAGCAGCAGACGAUGGUUAUCGAAGAAACACCGCCUAUGCCAGGCACCCAAUCGCUUACCCAGCAUCCUCGACAAAGGGUUUUUCCAUAUCCGACCGAGCUGCCGAGGAGCGUCGCCGCUCAACAUUCAUCGGCAAAUACUCUCCCAGGAACUGGUGGUUGUCGGUUGACCUCAGGUGGAAGUCCUCCGGUGCUCACCCAAGAAGACACCGCCCCCUUCUUCUUUGGUUCACCAAACUCGACAAAUAGUUUCCCCGUGCUCGCUCAAACAGCCUCCUCGGUCGAAACAUGCCGCCACGCGGUCAUGGCAGCGGAGGUCCCCGGUUCUUUUGAGGAUUUGGCUACCGCUGCGGGCCGGACUGUGAAUCAGCAGAAGCCCGAAGUAAAACCUUCGAUCCCUGUUAUUCCCAAGACCCAGUCACAGGCUCGCGUGGGCACCAUCGCCCCUCAAGCAUCAUCUUACGCGUACACCACGGCCCGUAUGGACUUGCCGAGCUCAUCCUCUCCGGGAACUUCUGCGAGCCUGUCCCCAGCAGAUGCAACACACACCUACCCAUUUUCUUUCAGCGGACAACGCUCGGCCGUGUACCGGGACGCGGCCGUCGAUGAGAGCGCAGGCCCGCCAGAUGGAGGAAAUAGAGUCAUCUUCGGCGUCGCCAUGGACAAUAUCCUCGGAACGCCGACACCGAGCGAUCCUCUGUCAGGAGCAAAGGCCGACGCAAGCCCGGGGAAGGAGCACAGGAGCCGUCCUCAUCUCGCUUCAGCCGACAUGACCCACGAUUACGAUGCCCACCAGCAAGAAGCGGUGUCUGCGAUGUUCGCCCAGUCCUUCGGGGCCGUCUCAGACAUGGCGUUCAGUGCAGUCGACUCCACCAUCAGCGACGGCAGCUUGUUGACUCGACCUUCGUCAUGGACCACACCUCCCCCUUUUCAGAGGAGGAGGACGUACACAAAGGUUCAGUAUCAUUCCCGUUGCCCUUCUCUCUCUUUUUUUCAUCUCGACGGCCCGCUACAACACAAACCCGACUGCUCCCUGAAACCCGACCCGCAGGUUUACAAGCGCGGGGCCGUCGGCAGGUCGAUCGACGUGGCUCGCUACUCGGGCUACGACAAACUGAAGCGGGAUCUCGCCCGGAUGUUCAGCAUCGAGGGGCAGCUCGAGUACCGGCAGCGGAUGGGCUGGAAGCUGGUGUACGUGGAUCACGAAAACGAUGUUCUCCUCGUCGGCGACGACCCCUGGGAGUGAGUUGACUGACCAGAGAGAGAGAGAGAGAGAGAGUGGGUCCUACCCUUUGCCUCUGACUCUGCUGAAGCUACGCAAUAUAUCAAUCUGCCUGCAGGGAGUUCGUCAACUGCGUCCGGUGCAUCAAGAUACUGUCGCCGCAGGAAGUAGAGCAGAUGAGCCUGGACGGCAGCGACCUCGGCGCGAAAGUGGACGUCGUCUUUCCAUACCAGGCGUACAACAACUCCGACGUCCCGGGCGAGCGCAACAACUCCAGCAAACCUGCUGCCGUAUCCUACGACAACGCGGACUGA